AUGCUUACAAAACUGGAGUUUUCAUCAAUUUGCAUUGAUGACAAUGAAGCAAAAUAUCUCAGUCAUGCAAUACAAACAAGCAAAAAAGCUACUAAGCUCGUUCUUCGUGAUAAUCAAAUUAGAGUUUUAGGAUCACAAGCUUUAGCUGUUGGGCUAAGAUACAAUACGACACUUGAAACGUUAAGUCUUGUUGAAAAUGAAAUAGGGGAUGAAGGUGCACAAAAUAUAGCCGAUUUAUUACAAAAUUCAACGGCACUUGCUAAUUUGUAUCUCCAAAAGAAUAAUAUAAAGGAAAUAGGUGCAAAAAAUUUAGCAGCUGUGCUCAAAACGAAUGCAACACUCAUCAUAUUAAAUAUUGACAGAAAUUGCAUUGGACACAAUGGUUGUGAAUAUAUUGCAGAUGCAUUAAAAACCAACAAAAGCAUCGUCAAUAUGAGCAUGGCUGGAAAUCAUAUAGCUGACCUAGGAGUAGAAUUUAUCGCGAAUGCAUUGCAAUUUAACACAACAUUGACUACGCUUGAUUUACAAUCAAAUAACGUAGGAGACAAUGGCGCUGCAUAUAUUGCCGCUGGUUUAGAAGCUAAUGAGACGUUAACUACAUUGAAUCUUCAGCACAAUCAAAUAGGCGAGGAAGGUGGUAAAUGUUUACUUAAUGUCUUAGAAAAAAAUCAGACAUUAAUCGAAUUCAAUCUUAUUGAUAAUCCAUGUAGUCAAGCAAAUACAUUAGAUAUAAUCACAUUAAUCAAGAAUGACAAAAUGAUUUCUUCCAUCGAUCUUCAAUCGCGUCAUAUAAAAGAAGAAGAUGCAAAAUAUCUCGCUGACGCUUUGAUCAACAAUGAAAAAGUCACGUCAUUGAAUCUUAAUCAUAGCGAGAUCCUAGAUCAAGGUUUAAAAUAUUUUGUGGAUGCUUUGAGAAACGAUAAAACUAUUAAAAUACUAAGCCUUCAAUCAAAUCAAAUUAAAACUCAAGGAGGUCAAGCGAUUGCUAAUGCAUUACGACUUAAUACAGUACUAAUGGAACUGAAGCGUGCAAAUAAUAAAAUUAAAAAAACAGUUGUGGAAUCGUUCAUUGAUGUAUUAGGAACUCAUACGCCUAUUGUACAAAUCGACUUCUCUAAUAACCCAGCACCUAAAUACGUGACAACAUCAGCCAGUAUUAUGAUGCAGCCAUCUGAACUCAAUGUGAUGCUUCAGUCAAAAUGUGUUGGAAUACAAAAAUUUCAGUAUUUAGCUAAAGCACUUGUCCUAGAAAAAUCGCUCACACUACUUAAUCUUGAUGAUAAUCAAUUAGGAGAUAAUAGCGCACGAUGUAUUGCUCAAGCAGUGACAAAUAGCAAGAUGCUAACCGUACUUAAGCUUCAGAGAAAUUGCAUCGGUCCUAUUGGCGUACAACAUUUAGUUUCUGUGCUGCAUAAUAUGCCGGUAAUUCGUGAAUUGUAUCUUUCUUAUAAUCAGAUUGCUGGCGAAGGUGCAAAGUAUAUUGCUAGUUUACUCCAAACGAAUACUACACUAACUGUGAUUAAUCUUGAUCGAAAUGAAAUUGAAAGCACCGGUGCACAAUAUCUUAGUGAUGCUUUAAUGAACAAUACAGUAGCUUCUAUUUUUGUAUUCUAUGUUCAAUUUACGGUUACUGAUAUCGAUCUUACUCAUAACGAAAUUGGCGAUACCGGAGCACAAUAUCUAGCAGAUCUACUUCGAACGAACACGACAAUCAAGAAACUGUUUCUUGGAUCAAAUUACAUUAGUGAUACAGGUGCAAAAUAUUUGGCUGAUGUUUUACAAAAUAAUACGAAAUUCGAAUCAUUGAGUCUUCGUGGUAACAAAAGUAGUUUAUGUACACUUGUUGAAAUCUUUCUAACAGCUUCCGAGGAUCAAGUUUGUACAGAAGCGAAUGUCGCCGAUAGAUCUAUUGGUGAUGAUGAAUUACGAUUUCUAGUCGAUGCUCUGAGAAAUAACAUGACGAUCGUUUCUUUAAAUCUGAGCGCGAACAAAAUUGGAGAGGAGAGUGCAAAAUAUUUGAGCGAUUUGUUGCAAAAUAAUAAAACACUAUUGACAUUGAAUCUUCGACUAAAUAAAGUUGGAGAUGAAGGUACUAAUCACCUGGCCAAUGGAUUACGAAAUAAUACUACAUUACAAAAACUUGAUCUAUGUGAAAACAAUAUUGGACCAUUAGGAGCUCAAUAUCUUGCUGAUGCUUUGCGUGAAAAUACAGUACUUAUGACAUUGAUUCUUCGAGAUAAUACUAUCGGCGAUGCGGGAUUUGAACAUCUAGCGAAUGCUUUGAAUACUAACAAAACGCUUAAUGUCUUGGAUCUUUCUUGGAAUAAUAUUAAGACAUCAAGUCGACGGCAUUUGACUAAUAUGUUUCAAUGCAAUCAAAGCCUCACCACUGUAGAUUUAAUGGGGAAUGGUCAAGGAGAUUGUGCAGUAAUUGGGAUAGCUAUUGGAAUACGAAACAAUAAAAAUCUGACUACGGUUAAUCUUCGAUGCAAUAGGCUUGGUGAUGAAGGAACUGAGAUUCUAUGCCAGGCACUACAACUAAAUUGUUCGAUUGUCACUCUUGAUCUUCGUUCCAAUGAAAUUACGGAGAAUGGAGCAGAACUUCUUGCUAAGAUAUUACGUCGCAAUGCGACAUUAACAACGCUCCUAAUGGGAAAUAAUAAAGUAGGUGACAACGGAGCAAAAUAUCUAGCCAAUGCAUUACACAAUAACACAAUAUUGAAUAUAUUGGAUCUUAGUGGUAAUAAUAUUGGACCUAUAGGGAUAGGGCAUCUCUGUCUAGCAUUUUGCAGUAACAUGAUACUGAUUAAACUUGAUCUUAGUUCAAAUGAAAUUGGAAAUGAAGGAGUGCAGCUGUUAGCAAAUGCAUUAAAACAAACGAUGAGCCUGCAAACACUUGAUCUUGGUAUCAAUAACAUUGGAGAUGAAGGAGCGAAAUGUUUGACAGAUUUGUUAAAGAAUCAAACGAAACUUCAAGUAUUGGAUCUUCGGUCAAAUCGAAUCACUGACAGAGGAGCAGAAUUUCUAGCAAAUGCAUUAAACAAAAACACAACUCUCAAACGACUUUCACUGUGGCAAAAUGAAAUCACAGACCAUGGAGCACAACGCUUGAUGAAUAUAUUGCGUUAUUAUCAUCAACCCAUUAUGCUUAAUAUGUAUGAGAAUCGAUUAGAAAGGACCAACGUCGUCCGGAGAGAACAAAUGCAUCAUUUGAUUAGAAAUAGAGAAUUAUUUGAAGAAUCAAAUUUUGUUGGUUUGAGCAUAUCUCGAAGAACAACAUCGAGAAUGUUUGCUGAUCGCCUUCAAAUACAAAAUACACAUUCAAUGAACGAAGAAGACUUUUGGCUUGGAUUGUAUGGAACAAAUGAGUUAUUUUCAAGACGCCUUGAUUGGUCUUGA